AUGGCCAAGUCAUCCAGACAAUCCAGCAGCAUCUUCGCCAUUACUUUGGGCGUUGUCCUCAGCAGCCUCAUUCUCUGUGAUGCUGCUCCUCUCACGUCCCGAAACCUGGCAAGAAGCAGUUGGAACACUACCACGCCGACUCCUCCUGUGACGACGGGGACAUCCGGCCAACCACUUGCUACCAUUUACCCCGAAUACACUUCACAAUACAAUGGCAGAGACGGUGCGGUUGACUUCGAUACUGCACAGGGUCUGGUCUCGCGCUCACCGACCAAUGGCGGCGCCGACAUCAGCACCCUGGUCACCUUCACUGUCGGUACUCAAUACGGGUCAAACAUCUGCCAGCUGGUGUUCGACCUGACCAACCCAGGCUCCUCGGCAUCUGGCUCCCUGAAAACCCAGAUCUUCACUUCUCUGGCACCGGCCACCGCGGACGCCGCGUCCUGGCCCAACGGCAACCUACGAGACCAGGAGCUCGGCUCCAUCGAUCUCGUUGUCGGUGGACGUGCUACCUGGGAGCAGGGAUCUGGGCCUGGCGCCACCAACAACGGCUUCUUCCCUUGCAGUAGCAUUGCAGGCCAGAUCUACGGUGGCGAGAUCGUCCCUCAGGGAGACACUGACGAGGUCUCGUGGACUGCUGGCCAAGACGGCAUCAAGAUCAUUGUCUGGUAA